AUGGCGCCCAUUCAGCAACCCUUAUCACCAAAUAAAAACAAAUAUUUUGAGAGAGAGUCAUUCUCUCAUUCUCGUUCUCUCUCUUCACUUCCAUUCACAAAGUUUCUCUGCAACUUCUUCUCUUUUCCGUCACCACCCCUCACGGCCAAGCCUGCUGGAGAAGACGGUGGAGGUCGGCCAACCGCGGCGGCGCUGCCCUCUUCUCCGGCGACCUUCAACCCUAACCCUAAAGAAUCAAACACAUACCCCAUCUUAUUUUGGCCGGUAAUUUCAAAUCCAACCUUGGUUCUUCCAAAAACCUCUUCAAUUAACCGGAUCGGCGUGACGAACAACAAGUAUAUGGAUUCAAGCAAGGAAAGGAAAGAAAAAAGAUUACUUAGCCUGAUUUGCAUCCGGCGACGUGAGCUUCUCGUCGCUGCAGAGGUUUUUACAAAAGUGAAGUGAUGUUGAUUGAAAGUAGUUUAUGCGCCAGCUUUGGAGGCUAGGAUUGGGGCGCUGUGAAUUUCAAACAAUUGGCUUUGGAAAUGUCUUUGAAGCUUGCUGCUUCAAACUGUUGUAUUUUACAGCUUAUUUCCAACUUUUUUCAACUUUAUUUGAUGUAACAAAACUUUUGGAUAUUUGGAUUAAUUAUGUAACUCGUAGAGUUUUAAUUUGAAACUUCUUUUGGAUAAUUAUGUAACUAUUUUGGAUUAUUUGGAAUUUGGAAUUAAUUAUGUAACUUUUGGAUUAUUAUGAA